GGCAGCGAUUGCUCGCGUUUUCACCACUCCAAAUCGGCGCCUCUCGCUCUCUUUCUUGUGUCGUCCUCGUCGUCGUCGUGGUAAUUAUAGCCGAAAGCCACUGCCUUGCUUUCGGUGUCGGAGAGGAGAUGGAUCGAUGGAAGCAAGCUGUCUCGCGAUGGUCAUCAUGAGUAAUUUAAGGGCGUCAGAGAGGGAGGCGAGCCGUGAAAGGAACGAUUUUUAUCGGUUCGUCCCCAAGAUUCCCGAUCGGAACAGCCUCUUUAAUUUGCCUCGUUGUAGCUGAUAACAUAGUUUGGUUGAUUUGGCUUUGGAUGUGGGUGGUUUCUUGGGAAGCUGGUUCUUGGAGCUGCGCUCACGGCGAAGAGGCGGAAGCUGUAGGUUCAGAUCUUUUGUGGGAAAAGAAGCUUCUUUUGAUUUGAAGUGGUAAGCAAGGAGAGGGCGGUUUGGGAGAAGAGAAGAGGGAGGAGGAGACGUGAUGUACGGGUCGCCUUCGGGACGGCCGUCGGAAGAUCUCAACCUUCCUUACCCUCCCGCCGGUCCGUUCAGUGGACAACGAACAGCGGAAGCCGAAUCCGAUCUCCUCCGCCGCCAGCAUCAGCAUCAGCAGCAGCAGAUGAGCUCCGGCCUCCUCCGGUAUCGGUCAGCCCCGAGCUCGCUGCUCGGCGAAGUCUGCGAGGACUUCCUUUCCGUUAGAGCCUCCAGCCCCGAGACCGAGACCAUGCUCGCCCGGUUCUUGGCGCCGGAUCUCCGCGACGAGACCCAGGACGGUCCUUCCGGUGGCGCCGCCACCGCUAGCGGCCAGAGCAGCCCUCACUUUCCACCCCCGCAGCUGCCGCCUUCUGCACAGGAGGUCAAAGAACAGCAGAGCAGAGGAUUUACCUCUGCCCCGCAGAUGAUAUUCCGUCCUCAGCAGCAGCAGCGGCAGAUGCCGAACCAUAGCUCAUCGGAGAGCCCGUUCCGGGCCGUCAUGGGAUCAUUGACGAUGGAGGCGGCACAACUCAAGCACGGAGACUUCGGCAGCUCCUCUAAUCUCAUCAGGCACAGUAGCUCUCCUGCUGGCCUGUUUUCUCACUUGAACGUGGACGAAGGUUAUGGUAUGAGGAGAGGGACGAGUGGCUUCAUGAUGGAUGCAACAGAUAGAUCAAAGGGUCAGAUAAGCUUCUCGUCGAGGCAAAACUCCGUGAUGUCGCAGAUCUCCGAGAUGGAAAGCGACGACAUGGAUGGGAGUAGCAGCCCCAAAGACGGCGGAGGCGGCGGCCGGAGUUACAUACCGGGAUUCCCGGUUGGCUCUUGGGACGAUUCCUCUCCCUUCAACAACAACAGCUUGUCAGGUCUAAAGGGAAGCAGAGACGGCGAGGAGAAGAUGGUCACAGGUCUCAGUCCACUGGAGCUGCCACAGAAUGGAGAGGUGAGGAACCAUGGGUUGGGUCUGUUUAGCUUGCCGAGGUCUACGUCGGAGAUAGCCACGAUAGAAAAGUUCCUACAGUUCCAUGACGCAGUCCCCUGCAAGAUCAGAGCUAAACGAGGCUGCGCCACUCACCCGCGAAGCAUAGCCGAGAGGGUAAGGAGGACUAGAAUUAGCGAGAGGAUGAAGAAGCUCCAGGAGCUUGUUCCUAACAUGGAUAAGCAAACCAACACAGCAGACAUGCUAGAUUUGGCAGUGGAUUAUAUCAAGGAUCUCCAGAAACAGGUGAAGGCAUUAUCGGAAAGCCGGGCGAGCUGCAGCUGUUCAGCUGGCAGGCAGAAGCCCUACUGACACAAGUGGAAGAGGAGAUCUCAGAGCCAGAAAGAAGCAGAUAAGGAUGUAAAGAAGAAAGAAAUGUAUAGCUAUGUGAUCACAGACUAAUAAGCUAUAUACUUAACAUUGUUUCCUAAA